ACAAGAUAUUUCUUGCUGAACAAGUCUCUCUCUCUCUCUCUCUCUCUUUCUCUUUCUCUCUCUCAGCCAUAUUUAUGACAACUUAACUCUGUUUCGCAGCUACGUUCAAAACCACCCAUUUUCUUCUUUUUCUUCUUCUUCGAAGCAGAAAAUAUACACAAAGCUUAAACCCAUCAACAAACAGAGCAAUCAAUGGUUGAUUCUUCUUCUUCUUCUUCUUCUUCUUCCUCUUGAUUUGGAGCAACAAAGACGCAGUUCCAAAACCCAAAACCCCCAUAAAAACCAGAGCAAGAAAUGACAGAUUCAUCAGCACACGCACAAGAAGACCAAAACAUGAGCCCCCAAAAGCGUCUCUGUGACUAUUGUUCAGAAGCCACGGCUCUUCUCUACUGCCGAGCCGACUCAGCCAAGCUCUGCUUCCUCUGCGACCGGGAGAUCCACUCCGGUAACCAGCUCUUCUCCAAGCACUCUCGCUCACCGCUCUGUGACGCCUGUGACUCCUCCCCUGCGUCGGUUUUCUGCUCCACUGAGAGCUCUGUUCUGUGCCAGAACUGCGACUGGGAGCGCCACAGACUCUCACUUUCUCCGGUGCACAAUCGCAGACCGCUAGACGGGUUCACUGGGUGUCCCUCUGUGAGUGAAUUGCAGGCUAUUGUUGGGUUUGAGGAGGUGGGUCACAAAGCUCUGUUUUUUAGCGACGAGAGUGGUGGUGGUGAUGAGAUUGAUGGGUUCUCAGAUUUGUUCGUUUGGGAUCCUCCUUUUGUUGUUGGUCUUGAUGAUUUGAUUGGUUCAACAAAUUCGUCGCAUGAUUUUCAGGCUAUGAGGGUUCCUCCUCUGCCUAAGAAUCGCAAUGCUGCUUGUGGGCAGUACAAGGAAGAAAUACUUGGUCAGCUUCGUCACUUGAUGAAGUUGGAACCCAACUUGAAUUGUGAAAAUGUUGAUGCUAAAUCUCUCGCCAGUUUCCAAUCUUUGGUGCCACAACAAAACGUGCAGCCAGGACAUAUGACUAUAGGUUUUGCAGAUGAUGCAGAGCCAACUGCAUUUCCUGCUUUUGAGGGAAAUGCAAAUCAAUGGUGUACUGAUCGUGAUGAGGCUGCAAAUCAACUUUGUCUUCCUAAUUCAUUAAAAAGAAAGUACCUCGAGGAAAAUCCUGUUGUUCCUGACAAACGUUCGGAUACUGGUGACAGUGUCUGUCAUGCCAAUGAUCUUGUCGAAGCACAAUCACUAUAUGAUCCUGUUAAAUAUGAAGCCUCAUCAGCUCUUCAAAGGGUUGCUUCCCAUGAGGUAAACAGCCAGGAGAGGGAUUCUGCAAUCUCACGGUACAAGGAGAAGAGGAAAACAAGGAGGUAUGACAAGCAAAUUAGGUAUGAAUCAAGGAAGGUUAGGGCAGAGAGCAGGACAAGAAUCAAGGGGCGUUUUGCUAAGAUUCAUCACUGAAAUACUGAUUCUUCCUGUCAAGCCUAUUGCUCUUGAUGGGUCCUGCAUCCUGCAGACGCAAUGGCUUGACCAUUCAACUCAUCCGCAGAGACUCACCAGCAUCCCCUCUCCACUCCAAUCUAGCCAAUCUAACUUCUGAGGAAAAACUUCAAAGACUCAUACACCAAUCCAACACCCGCAUCAAUUACUUGCUGUCUACAAAAACUAAUAUACAUCCUCAAAUGAUUCGUCCGACAAUUGAUCUUACUCAGUUGUCUACAUACUUGGUUAAUGUUGGCAUUGGCACAUUUGGUGCUAAUUUCAACUCCCCAAAAGUAUACUACUUGCACAUGGACACAGGAAGUGAACUCACAUGGACACAGUGCGCAGAAUGUCUGUCUCCUGGCCACCAUUGCUUCCCUCAGAAGGAUCCCCCUUUCCCUAACACAAAGUCUAAAUCUUAUAAGCCUCUCCCUUGUAAACAACACUCACUUUGCUUACCAAAUCAAUGCAUUGGGGACUCUUGCUCCAUCAAUAUGUCUUUCAUGGACGGUUCCUCCAUUGUUUCCAUUCUUGCAAACGAAACCUUCACUUUCGAUUCCGGCACCCCUGAGACCAUCCCGGAAAUAGCCUUCGGCUGCACCAUUGACAGUACGAACAUGGACUACGGCGGCGAAGAGAAUCUAGUAACCGGGAUUUUCGGUUUGGGAUGGGGCCCUCGUUCCUUCCUCACCCAGAUAGACUCUCUUAACCAUGGAAGAUUCUCUUACUGCUUAAAGCCCGACGACGGCCAUGACCUUAAUACUUAUCUAAGGUUUGGUGAAGAUAUACCAGCAGAAAUUGCAGGUUCUCAAACCACAACCAUUUGAAGGAUUGGCAAGCUUGCUACAUUAGCUUGCUGGGCAUCAGCGUGAAUGCACAAAGACUAAACAUAAAUCCAACCCAAUUUGUUUUACGCCAUAAUCGUUCAGGAGGGUGUAUUAUAGACUCUGGUUCUACUUUUACGCACCUCAUUCGGCCUGCUUAUUCUGCACUUAUCAGUAACUUGGAGGAACAUUUUUCGGGCUCUAGUAAUCUGAAUAGGAUUGAGGGAGCUUUUGAUCUCUGCUACUUGCGGUUGGUGCCAGAAUGUUAUGAUAGCCUUCCUAAUAUGACAUUUCAUUUGGGAAACAAUGCCAACCUUGAAAUCGGGCCGGAGCAGAUGUUUUAUGUGGGUAAGCAGCUACCGUCCGGGAAUGAAUUUUUCUGUUUGGCUGUUGUGGGGGAUGAUCGCUUGACUUUAUUGGGUGCAUACCAGCAAACAAAUCAUAGGUUCAUAUAUGACGUUAAAGUGAACCAAUUGCGAUUCGCCCCGUGCACUGUGCUUUGGAUGCUUGAGCUAAUAAUGCUCUCUUCUUUUUUUUCUGAUUUAUUAAUUUGAAUAAGUUCUCUUUUCU